GAAUGUAUAAAAAGAAGAGUGCUGAAAUCUCUUCGUGGCAACCCGUAUUGCUCUGAAGUAGCAGCGAAAGAUGCUAUGGAAGCAGUGUGGGAUACUUGUUACAAGGACACUAAGCCUUUCGACAGAGCUCCUUGAAGAAGAAAACUGAUUAACAAUGGCUGACGCAACCGAGAAAGCAGAGCACGACCGUGUUUUCAAGAAGUUUGAUGCCAACGGAGAUGGAAAAAUCUCUGCCACCGAGCUUGGAGAUGCUCUCAAGAACCUUGGCUCGGCCACACACGAUGACAUUAAGCGUAUGAUGGCCGAGAUUGAUACCGAUGGUGAUGGAUACAUAUCGUACCAAGAGUUUUCUGAUUUCGCAAGUGCUAAUCGUGGUCUCAUGAAAGAUGUUGCCAAGAUUUUCUAAGUGGAGUUUCAAAAUCUAUAAUUCACUUGAAAAUGAUUUGAGAAUUAAUCAUGUUUAAUUUGUUUUUGUAACUUAGUGAUAUAUUAAUAAUAAAUCCCCUGUUUUCAAAAUAGAAAUGUUGCUUUUAAUAUUUCAAAAUUAUAACUGUAAGUUCUUAUAUAUUUUCAUUAUUUAAUGAUGAUAAGUUGUAAACUUUAGAAAGGUAGUUGAAUGUAUUGAAUUAUUAUUUGAUUUUGAAAAUAGUGAAUCAUAGAAAAUGAUGUAUUCAAUUAUUCAUAAUCAAAUUUUAAUUUGUCUUUUUA